CAUUGUGUGGGCUGUACAUCCUGAGAGGAAGAUCUUUUUUUUUUAGAAUAUGAGAUUCACAACAACAAGCCCAUCAGAUUUAAAGGAAGAAAACCCUCUUUGUGGACUUGUUGAGCAACAGGCAUUGGCUGUCACCUGGACUUCUCCAUUAAACCUAUGGCAGUGUUAAAGCUGUUCCUCAAGGCUCUUCUGCUCCUUCAGUUUGCACUGCAGCUGUUGGAUGGAGCUGAACCUCAGAAACUGAACUGUCCUGCAUCUGAUGGAGUUCCUGGCACUCCUGGACACAACGGUCUGCCUGGGAGAGAUGGGAGAGAUGGUAAAGAUGGAGCAAUCGGACCCAAAGGAGAGAAAGGAGAUCCAGGAGUAAGUGUUCAGGGACCACCAGGUAAAGCGGGACCACGUGGGCCAGCUGGAGAAAAGGGGGAAAGGGGACCUUCAGGUCCUCAAGGCUCUCCUGGACCUGAAUGCAUAUCUGACUCCCUAAAAUCUGAGAUGCAGCAACUUAAUGCCAAGAUUGCCAUGAUUGAGAAAGUUGCGAGUUUUAAUACAUUCAGAAAAGUGGGACAGAAAUAUUACAUCACUGAUGGUGUUGAUGCAACUUUUGAUACAGGGAUGCAGUACUGUAGGGACAUUGGUGGAACAAUAGUUUUGCCAAGAACUGCUUCUGAAAAUCAGGCAUUAUUGAAAGUAUCUCUAUCCAGUGGUUUAGGUAGUAAGAAGCCAUAUAUUGGAACUACAGACAGAGAAACAGAGGGACGGUUUGUGGACACUGAGGGGAAGCAAUUGACUUUUACUAACUGGCAUCCUGAUCAGCCUGAUGACUAUCAGGGAGUACAAGACUGUGGAACAGUAUGGGACUCUGGCCUAUGGGAUGAUGUUGGUUGUAAUGGUCUACAUCCCAUCAUAUGUGAAAUACUAAUCAAAUAGUAUGUAUACAAUAUUAAUAUGUAUACAUAUCUGCAAUAUUAAUAUGCUAUUAACAGUACACACAGUAUGCACAAUAUAAAAUCACACUGUCAAAUAUAUCCUUUUAAAAAAUUAUAUUACAGUGCAUAAAAUAUACACAAAUAAUUGCCAUAAAUGUUUUUUAACAAAUUAAUAAAUGCAUUAUUACGAUUAUAUGUCAUGAAUCAAUAUGUCUCUUUUAUUUCAUUUUACAUUAAUUGUAUAACUAGCAGAACUUUAAAUGAAAUGAAAAACUGAAACUAAGGAUAUUAUAGGACAGCAAUUUUAUGUUUGUUGUGUGCCCUGCACAAAUAUGUCCAAGGUUAUUUCCCAGUGAACUCUGAAGCUGGUUUGUUAGUGAAAUUUGUAUGUGCACAUAAGAAGGUUUAUAUCAUUUUUGACACACUGUAUAGUUAUUUUCUUGGUUAGGAAACUAACAAACUACAACCCGCGGUCAAAAACAAAUCCUUUUUCCAAUAUAACUGUUGUUAUCCUUUGACUUCUGAAUGGAAUAAACAAACCCAUAACUUCA